AUGGCUAAACUGUUGGCACUGUUCACGCUGCUGCUGUGCGUUGCCGCCUUGGCGCAUGCGCAAUUUGGCCAGGGCGGUUUCGGCCGUCCUGGCGGAGGUUUCGGGAGGCCCGGUGGUGGUGGUGGAUUUGGCCCUGGAGGAGGCGGCGGCUUCGGCCCUGGAGGAGGUGGCGGCUUCGGCCCUGGAGGAGGCCGUCCUGGAUUCGGCGGUGGCGGCUUCGGACCCGGAGGUGGUCGCGGCUUUGGCGGGUGA